UGAUGGCAGAGGUGAAUCAAUUCAAAUGGGCAUUUAAAACAAAAAAUAAACAAAAUUUGGCGUUUCAAAUGUACUCCAAUGGUGCUUCAGCUAAUUUCCGACCCGUCCUCCCAACUUGCCUUGCUCAACCUUGGAAGUUCGGAUAAGCUCCGGGCCGAGAAUAUUUGACUGAUGUUCCUGUCAAAAUCACCCGGGAUUGAUCCGAGGUCAGAUCGGUGCCUUUGAAAGUUGACCAGACCGCGUCAUAUUACUUACAACACUUUUGUCAACAUCCUCCAAGCAACAUCGACCACCAGCUGUCCUCCCUCCUCACCUCAAACUCUGCUCCGCUGAAGCGCUGAACAGCUGGCUCUCGCGCGCUGGCAGAUAACGAGAUCCUCCGCGGCAGACAGCCGGAAACAGGCGUCGAUGGCUUCUGAGAACGUUUCUGGGGUUCCGGCAUGGUAACCUGGGAAAGAGAAAGAGCUAAUCAGUGGCCAGGCUGAGUAAGAGCGAGGGGGCCGACCGACCAGUCAUCUGGUCUACGAAUGGCACGACGAUAUCACCGAGCGGGCCGCCGGAUGCGUGGACAAACAGAUAAGACCCACCGUGAACUCCGCG